AUUCCCCUCCUCUCCACGCCUCCGCGGUGUCCAAACUCCAGACUCCCCCAAAAAAUCCCCCAAAACCGAAGGGAAAGAGGAAAAAAAUUACUCUUCGCUCUCGCGUCGCGCACGACACGACCGAGCCAGCAAAGCCGCCCAUCCGCCAUCCCGCCGCUCCUGCAAUCUACAGCCGCGUCGCCGCUUGUCCGCCUGCGCUCGUUCUCGCUAGGGUUCGGAAGGGGGAGGGUGGGGAUCGCCCGGCGAUGGACUGGAGCGCGGUGACGGCGGAGGACCUGGUGGACGCGCUGCGGGAGGUGGACUGGUCGACGCCGCCGCGCCCCGUGCCGGAGUUCUUCUCCCGCUUCACCGUCCCCCGCUCCUACUCCAAGUGGACCAGCCGCCUCAAGUGCAACCUCUACUACUACAGGACAAAUUACUUCAUCUUGAUCAUGUUCAUCCUUGGGAUAGGCUUCAUUUGGAAGCCGGUUGCUAUACUUGCAGCCUUUAUGACUGGAAUCAGCAUUGCAUUUCUUAAUGACAGCUUUGCAGUCACUUUCAAUGAGAAAGUCACGAGGACUGUCAGACAAUUUUCACCACAUUUAGCUGCAAAAAUGAGGCCACCAAUAACCCCUGUUCUUCGUGGUAGACCAAGUUCAAAGAGGUCGAUUCAUAUUUGUGGGCGACCUCGCUGGCUAUUUGUGCUGUUAUUUUCUGCAGUUAGUUGCAUGCUCUGGUUGACUUCCUGCAGUCUCCUCACAGUUCUAUGGGCCCUUUUAAUUGCUAUCUUUGCAACUCUGCUUCAUGCUAGCUUCAGAACACCUAAUCUGAAAGCACGUCUGAAUACAUUCAGAGAAGAAUUCCGAGCUGUUUGGAGGAAUUAUAGUGAGCUUUAAGGUUCAUGUGGUAAGAAGUGCUUAGUGCUGAAACUUCGUGCUGUUUGUGAAUUGUGUUUGUGGGAGAUACCAAGAUAUGAACAAUGGUGACAGGCAGCUGCGUUCUAUUGUGAUUACUUGCUCGUUUUGGAGGUGGGCCUUGACUGUCUAAGUACAUGAUGAUGUUACACUUGGUACGCCACCUUCCAAAUCACUAUAAUUGUUCACAUGGAAUUCUCCCUAACCAAGCAUUGGAAAAAGAACAGCAUGUAAAGGAUGUAAACAAGUAUUCUAAUCAACACAGCAUAUAUUGUUUGUUGAAAUGUUUGUUUCAUGUUUCCCCCA